GCCGGACGAAAACUACAUUUCCCAGGAGGCAACGGAGCCUGCCAUGUUUUUCCCGUGCUCCUCACGGCCAGCAGCCCAGCACGCUGUCGGCGCUAUAGCAACGGUAGCUAGCUGCGGGGAGACAGUGGCGACAGAGGCCAUGUCUGGUCCAACUGAUGAGACGGCAGGAGACCUGCCUGUGAAAGAUACAGGUCUAAACCUCUCUGGAAUGGGAGGGUUACAAGAAACUUCAACAACACGGACAAUGAAGUCUCGCCAGGCAGUGUCACGUAUCAGUCGUGAGGAACUGGAAGACAGAUUUUUGCGUUUGCAUGAUGAGAACAUUUUACUUAAACAGCAUGCCCACAAGCAAGAGGAUAAAAUUAAAAGAAUGGCCACCAAGUUAAUACGGCUAGUUAAUGACAAGAAAAGAUAUGAGCGGGGUGGUGGCGGCCCCAAGCGGCUGGGACGAGAUGUGGAAAUGGAAGAAAUGAUUGAGCGGCUGCAAGAGAAAGUGCAUGAGCUUGAAAGACAGAAUGAAGUCCUCAAAAACAGACUCAUUUCAACCAAACAGCAACUUCAAAUCCAGGGUUACAGGCAAACACCGUACAAUUACGUGCAAUCUCGUGUUAACACGGGGCGUAGAAAAGUGAAUGAAAAUGCAGGCUCACAGGAAUGCCCCAGGAAAGGUAUUCGCUUCCAAGAUAUUGACGUAGCAGAAACUCUACAACCCAUGCUUACAAAACAUGGCAACAGUUUACUUGAAGAAGCCAGAGGAGAAAUAAGAAAUUUAGAAAAUGUUAUUCAGUCACAAAGAGGCCAGAUAGAAGAGUUAGAGCACUUGGCUGAGAUCCUGAAAACUCAGCUGAGGAGAAAAGAAAAUGAAAUUGAGUUAUCUCUUCUUCAGCUUCGAGAACAGCAGGCUACAGAUCAAAGGUCAAACAUUCGGGACAAUGUAGAAAUGAUUAAGCUUCAUAAACAACUCGUGGAGAAAAGCAAUGCUCUCUCAGUAUUGGAAGGAAAAUUUAUUCAGCUUCAAGAGAAGCAGAGAAGUCUCCGGAUCAGCCAUGACGCCUUGAUGGCAAAUGGAGAUGAGCUAAAUAUGCAACUCAGAGAGCAGCGUUUAAAAUGCUGCAGCCUUGAGAAGCAGUUACAUUCCGCGACAUUUUCUGAAAGAAAAAUAGAAGAGUUGCAGGAUAGAAUUAAUGACUUAGAAAAGGAACGGGAACUUUUAAAGGAGAACUGUGAUAAACUUUAUAACAGUGCCUUCAGUGCUGCCCACGAAGAGCAAUGGAAGCUAAAGGAACAGCAGCUCAAAGUGCAGAUCGCUCAGCUCGAGACUGCCUUAAAGUCUGACCUAGCAGACAAAACUGAAAUCCUUGACAGAGUCAAAACCGAAAGAGACCAAAAUGAGAAACUCAUCCAAGAAAAUAGAGAACUACAGUUACAGUAUCUGGAACAAAAGCAGCAACUUGAUGAACUUAAAAACCGCAUGAAGUUUUACAACCAGGACAGUGAUAUUAAUGCUGAUGAAUUGAGUGAAGCUCUCCUGCUUAUAAAGGCUCAAAAGUCACAAAAAAAUGGAGACCUUUCCUUUUUAGAGAAAGUAGACAAUAAAAUUAACAAAGAUCUAGAACGCUCCAUGAGAGAGCUACAAGCAACUCAUGCAGAAACGGUGCAAGAGCUUGAAAAGACACGAAACAUGCUAAUUAUGCAACAUAAAAUUAAUAAAGAUUAUCAGAUGGAAGUUGAAGCAGUGACCCAGAAGAUGGAAAAUUUGCAGCAAGAUUAUGAACUCAAAGUGGAACAAUAUGUUCAUCUUCUUGAUAUCAGAGCUGCACGCAUUCAGAAACUAGAAGCCCAAUUAAAGGAUAUUGCCUAUGGCACCAAGCAGUAUAAAUUUAAACCAGAAAUCAUGCCAGAUGACUCUGUUGAUGAAUUUGAUGAGACCAUUCACUUAGAACGAGGCGAAAACCUAUUUGAAAUCCAUAUCAACAAAGUAACCUUUUCUUCUGAAGUUUUACAGGCGUCUGGAGAUAAAGAGCCUGUCACUUUCUGUACCUAUGCUUUCUAUGACUUUGAGCUACAGACCUCUCCCAUAGUGCAAGGCCUCCACCCAGAAUAUAACUUCACUUCUCAGUAUCUUGUUCAUGUUGACGACUUAUUUUUACAAUACAUUCAGAAGAAUACUGUCACUCUUGAGGUCCACCAAGCUUACAGCACAGAUUACGAAACACUUGCAGCUUGUCAGCUGAGAUUCCAUGAAAUUCUAGAAAAAAGUGGUCGCAUAUUUUGCACAGCAAGUUUGGUUGGAACUAAAGGAGACAUCCCAAAUUUUGGCAUAGUGGAAUACUGGUUCAGAUUACGAAUUCCCAUGGAUCAAGCAAUUCGACUUUAUCGAGAACGAGCAAAAGCUUUGGGAUAUAUAACAUCAAAUUAUAAGGGGCCAGAGCAAAUGCAUUGGUCAAGUCAGCAGGCACCCAAAACUGCUCAGCUCAGUUCUACUGAUUCCACAGAGGGCAACUUAAAUGAACUUCAUAUUACAAUAAGAUGUUGCAACUGUCUGCAGUCGCGAGCAAACCACCUUCAGCCACACCCAUAUGUUGUGUACAAGUUUUUUGAUUUUGCAGACCACGAUACAGCCAUCAUUCCCAGUAGCAAUGAUCCACAGUUUGAUGAUCAUAUGUGUUUCCCGGUGCCAAUGAAUAUGGAUUUGGACCGAUACCUUAAGUCAGAGUCUCUGAGUUUUUAUGUGUUUGAUGAUAGUGACACUCAAGAAAAUAUUUACAUAGGAAAAGCCAAUGUGCCUCUGAUUUCACUGGCACAUGACAGGUGUAUCUCAGGAAUAUUUGAGUUAACAGAUCAUAAAAAGCAUCCUGCAGGAACCAUCCAUGUUAUAUUGAAAUGGAAAUUUGCUUACCUUCCACCAAGUGGAUCUAUAACUGAAGACUUAGGAAAUUUUAUACACAAAGAAAAGUCAAAAGUUGUUCAAAAACUACCUCCAACAUCCUCUAUUAGCACAAUAGUUGCACCAACACCUAAACCAAGACAGCAUUUAACACCUGUAGAUAAGAAAGUAUCUUUUGUGGAUAUCACACCACAUCAGAGUUCUGAGAUAACUACUUCUCCUGAAGAUGGGAAGGAAAUUUCAUCAGAAGUGGAGCAUACACCAGAAAUAGAAAUUAAUAUGCCAACUCUUUCACAUAUUCCUGAGAUUUCUCAAGGAAGCAGUGUAACGAAGGUAAAAGAGAAUACUGAGAAAAUAGAAGGAAGAGAUGAUGAUGUGUCUUGUCUCUCUGAGGGUCAGCUUGCAGACCGAAGUUUGUCUUCUUCAGAAGAUGAAACAGAAAUAACUGAGGAACUAGAACCAGAAGAUGAGGAAGAGAGAUCAGCGUCUGACAGUGAUGAAUGUAUUAUUCCUGGUCCUGUGUCCGAGAAUAUCAAACAGCCAUCAGAAAAAAUUCGGAUUGAGAUCAUAGCUCUAAGCCUUAAUGAUUCUCGAGUAACUGCAGAUGACACUAUCCAACGGCUGUUCGUUGAAUGCAGAUUCUACAGUCUUCCUGCUGAAGAGACACCUGUGUCACUUCCAAAACCCAAGAGCGGGCAGUGGGUCUACUAUAACUAUAGCAAUGUGAUCUACGUGGAUAAAGAAAACAACCAAGCAAAGAGAGACAUCUUAAAAGCUAUCCUACUGAAACAAGAGAUGCCCAAUAGAAGUUCUGGAUGCACGGGCAGACGGUGGAGGCAUUGGCAAGCUCAGGGUCACAGUCGAAGCACUCCAGGCCCUACGGUCUGUCUACGAGCAGCACAGAGAGGACCUGGAGGCUGAAAGAAGCCGCUCCAGAGGCAUCUCCUCCUCCCGAGUAAACACUCACAUGAAAGCCCUGAGAUGAGAUCUUUGUAAUCACUCUGGUGUAUAUAAUCUAUAAUUCAUGGGACGUGGGGAGGGGGAGGUCCGGGUCGGCAGUGUUCAAGUUUUGUAUACUUUUUCAUUUGUUUAUUUUGCUACUCCCUCCUUCCCACGACUGCCACCCCUCGGGACUUCAGUUCUCCACCAUGGGCAGUGCCUCCUCAAUAAUUCAUACCUACAUGAUAGCAUGAGAAAGCCCAUUUGCAUUUUCAACACUUUCUUAUGAAGAACUGACAUGCAAUUCCCAUUUUUAUUUGUAAUAAGCAAAAAGGAUAAAUCUGAGAAAACCUAGGAAAAAGACACACUUUUAUGUUAUCCCUAAUCAUCCCACUAAAUGGAAUGCCUACGAUUAGCCUCAUUAAGAGUUUUAUACUGUGAAGAUUUUAUUAGAAGCAAUAUAUGAAAAUUACUUGGAUUAAUGUGUUAAUCUUCCUCUUUAAAAUGCUAAUAUCCAUUUUAUGCACAUUAAAGCUCAGUAUGCAUUUUCUUUGAUGCAUGCAGUUUCUAUCAAUUAAAUAUAAAGAAGGAGACUCGGCACCAACUUCUGAAAUUACUUCAAGUUUUUGGUUUUCUUUCUUAAAAAUCACAGUUCUUCCCGUUUGUAUGGUUUUUAUGUAUUUGCGAUGGUGAUACGGGAUCCAGGGACGUGAAAUUUAUACUUUGAAAACUUAGCUUAUGACAUAGGAAAAAAAUUAUUAAAAGUAUGGUUCACAUUCUGAUAUGCUUAGUUAGACCUGAAAGGAAUAUCUUUUUUUUUAUCAUUUUUUAAAAUUUACAUCAAGCCUUGUACAAAGGUGGGGUGGAUCUGGAUAACCAGAUCCUCGAAAAGCCGCUCAGAAAGUUAAUUUUCUAGCUUUUACCCAAUCUCACUGAAGGAUUUAAUUGAUAUUUUUAAUGGAGCCGUGAAUCAAUGCUGCAAAGGAAUUGUCUCUAGAGGUCUAGGAUAUAAUGCAUUUCAUUUUUUAAUUUACUUUUUUAUUUGUCAUUUUCUUCAAAGGAUUUUUAUAGGCUGUGGGUUUUCACUGUUUGCAAACAGGCUAUGUUCCUUCUUAAGCAUAUGUAAAGUAUUCAGGGAGAUAAGUAAUUUAUUAAAAUCUACCUAAUUUGCCGUGAUAUAUUAAAUCUCUGCUUCAGUGAUCACAGACCAUUUCAUUUAGAGAAUUAGGCAUUCCCUCUUUGUGUGAUUAAAGCUCUGGAAAAUGAGUUCUUUGCUCCUAUUUGUGAACAUUCAAAGCCUGCUAAUGGCAAGAAGAUGGAAUAGAUUAUGAGACAAUUCAUUACAGUUCAACAGAAAAAAAAAAGCAGCUAUAAUGCAAAAAUGCAAGUAUGAAUAUCUGCAUAUAGUUUGAACCAUCUGUGCUCUAAUGGCUUCAAUAAUGACUCUCGUCUUUAGGAGGCUUUGAAAUGACAUCCGUACAAUAUUAAUUUGUUGAUGUACAUUGUGGGACCAGUAGAGUACGAUCUGACCGCAGAAAUCUAUAAAUUCUGUCUCUACCAUUGGGCCUCCCUGUCUGGGGCCCGCCAUCUCCAAGAAGAAUCUUGCUCUCAUCAGACUCUGCAAAUCUUCAUAAUAACUCAUUCCUCUGGAACCUUCUAGAGACCGCAAACAUCUGCAGACUAAACCUCUCCAAUCCUAGUAAACAGCCACAUGUUUGUUGUCACUUCA